AUGGCUGACCCAAACAACGUCGCCGCCCUCCUCGCUGCCCUUACAAACCAGCAGCAGCAACGUGGAGCUGGUGCCCAGACGCCUCAGACCCUUCUUGCGGGUCUACAACAGCAACAACAGCAACCAUCCGCCCAACAAGCCCCGAAUCCAAAUGCCCUUGCCGCUCUGCAAUCCCUUCUAGCCAAUGUUCAGCAGCCAGGUGCCCCUGGAGGGGCCGCUGCUCCUCAGGGCAGUUUCCCUCUUCCUCAGCCGACCGGAUCGGGUGCUCUAGACCUUUCGAACAUUCGGCCCACAAACUCUGGGUCUGUAUCACUCCAAGAUGCAAUCGCGAAGGCUAGAAACUUCGCGUCUGAACGGGGUAUUCAGCCUGGUGCCUACCAACAACCUGGUGGCCCUCGAGAUUUCGACCGAGGAAGUGGUGGCGGCAAUAACAGAUCGUACAACCAGGACGCUAGGUCUCGUUCGAGAUCUCCUGGCCGUGGCAGUAACUACGGUGGCAGUGUUGGUGGAGGAGGUGGGGGUAAUGGCGGUCCUCGCGACGGCAACUUCAAUCCUAACCCUUAUAGGGAUGAACGACGAGGCCGUAACCAGUACAACUCUCCUCGUCCUCGAGAUCGGUCAUUUAGCCCUCCUAAUCGCAAUCGUCGGAAUUCUCCACGGGGAUACCGAGAGCGCUCACCUCAAGGGGAGGGCAAUAUUACUGAUCAUAUGAUGAUCGACGCGUCCCUAGUCGGUCUGAUCAUUGGUCGCCGCGGCGAAACCCUGAAAAGGGUAGAGGAAAUGAGUGGUGCUAGGGUACAGUUUGUUGCUGACAGUAGAGGUGAACCAGAACGUGUUUGCAACAUCACUGGUCCAAGAGCUGCAGUACAGUCUGCUCGGCAACAAAUACAAACAAUAAUAUCUGAAAACAGUGCAAGUAGCAUUCGGGAUGACCAUCGGCGCAACACUUACCAUGGGCAUGGACACGGCCAUGGCAAACACGGUGGUCAUGGCGGCGGAGGAGGUGGAGGAGGAGGUGGCGGUGGUGGUGGUGGCGGCGGCGGCGGCGGCAGUCAUGGUGGUAGUCAUAGCGGCGGAGGAGGAGGAGGUGGUGGUGGUGGUGGCAGUGGAGGUGGUGGCGGACCUGGCAGCAGCGGCGGCGCCUCUGCGAGGCAGGACCCCGCACACCACCCCGUCUUAAAAGAGGGUGAGAACAGCAUGCAGAUCAUGGUCCCUGACAAAACCGUUGGUCUUAUCAUUGGUCGCCGCGGAGAGACCAUCCAAGAUCUUCAAGACCGGUCAGGAUGUCAUAUCAAUAUCGUCGGUGAAAGUAAAUCAGUAAAUGGAUUUCGACCCGUGAAUCUGAUCGGGACAACUGAGGCGGCGAUGCGUGCUAAGGCUUUGAUUAUGGAGAUCGUUGAGUCUGACGUACGCCCUGGCCCUGGCGGCCCCGGACCCCAAGGAGGUGGAAGCAGCGGUGGAAGUGGAGGUGGUGGAGGAGGCGGCGGCGGCGGCGGCGGCGGCGGCGGCGGUCGCCAACAAGGAGGUGGGUAUGGUAAUCAAGGUGGAGAUAAGAAUGGUGAGACUAUUCGUGUACCAAUCGACGCCGUUGGCAUGAUAAUAGGAAAAGGCGGUGAAACGAUCAAGGAAAUGCAGAAUACGACAGGCUGCCGUAUCAAUGUUCUGAGCCAACAGACCUCAGACGGUGAGCGUGAGAUCUCAUUAUCUGGACCUCCAGAUGCUAUCGCACGUGCCAAAGCAGCCAUCGACGAGAAAGUCGAUACAGCUCGUCGCCAAGGCCAAUUGAAAGGGUCUGAUAUGAAUUCUUCUGGUGGUCAAGCCGCCCCUGCUGGCAUUGACCCUCAAGCCUACCAGCAAGCGCUCAGCGCUUAUGCUCAGGCGGCGGCAGCUGCCGGCGGUGGCGGUGGCGGACCACCACAACCCGGAUCUACUGACCCUGCGAAUGACCCCUACCAGGCUUACGGUGGGUACCAGGCAUAUGCUCAAACAUAUGCCCAAAUGUACUAUGCCGCUAUCGCAGCCCAACAGCAGCAACAGAACCAGCAACCAGGUGGGCCCGGUGCCCCUGGUACAUGA